AUGUCGUUCCGCCCCGGCUCCCGCAUCUUCAGCUCCUUCCGACCCUUCUUCCAACGCGCAAAUGCCCGCCGACAUGCUUCCACGGCGGGCGCUGAGCCCGCUGGCUUCCAGAAGUUCUGGAACAGCCCCAUCGGUCCCAAGACAGUCCACUUCUGGGCCCCAGUAAUGAAAUGGGGCAUGGUCCUCGCCGGCGCCUCCGACUUCUCCCGCCCCGCCGAAUCCCUCUCCUUCACCCAGAACUUCGCCCUCAUGUGCACAGGCGCCAUCUGGACGCGCUGGUGCUUCGUCAUCCGCCCCAAGAACGUCGCGCUGGCUGGUGUCAACUUCCUCGUUUUCUGCGUCGGUGCUACACAGGUCGGUCGCAUUUACAUGUACAACAAGAGUCUGGAGAACACUGAGGGCCAGGCUAAGGGCGAGAUGCUGGAUGUUAAGCACACUGCUGAGAAGGCUGAGAAGAAGGCUGAGAAGGCUCUGAAGUAA